CACAAUGCAGGGUGAGGACUUGUCGUAUUUUGCUGCAGGAGGCAGUGCAGGGAAUCUGGAUUUACCUGAAAGUGUGUUUCUCUAAUAACCUUCUUCACCAUGAAGACAUUUUGCUUUAAUUGUGUGUGCAGUGAAAUGCUGUUCUGCAGCAAGCAAACUGAAAGGAAUUAGCUUCAACAUUUUUGCGCUUUUUGUUAUCUGAGUGAAAGAAACAAUCAGGAUGGCUUCUACAAAUAAAAGAAAUUCUGCAGUGAGAAUUCAAAAUACAUUUUGCCCUGAAGGUGGAGUCUGCAAGCACGGAUUCCUCAUCAAAUCACCACCUCUGCAACUUUUCAGCUCACAGAAUUCCUGGAAAAGGCGUCUGUUUGUCCUGUCCAAGGCCGGCACAGGGAAUUACAUCCUGAAGUAUCUGAAAGGCCAACACGUGAAAGGCUCCAUAGCUGUUGAUCAAAUCAUAAGUAUUCAAGUUGGCAUAAGUAAUGCUGAAAUUAUGGAAAUGGUGAGGAAGAUGUUUAAAUGCCUUCCUGAGCAGGUGAUGUCCAUCAGCACUGGAAACAGAUGUUACUACCUCGUUGGGGACAGCAGGCAGGAAAUAGAUGACUGGGUCACUCUGAUAUCUUCAGUCUGCAGGGAGGACACAAGAAGUGGAUGCUGCCCUCAGAACCAAGAUCUUCCAAAUCCAGAAGUCAGAAGUCGGACUUCCUCUUUGCCACUAUUCUUGAGUUCUGUAGACAUGGCCAGCUUUCCAGACAGGCAAAGCUGCCAGAAGGAGAAUGGUUCCUCAGAAGACAAGAACAGGCCUUAUUCAGAUCCUGGCCCCCAUCAGGCUCAGUGUGACUCACCAAGAGGAGUUUGUCCAAGCCUGCAGGAUAAAAUUCUGGGAGGAAGUGAGGAAAACCUGCUGUUGUCAGAUCCAGAGGAAAACAUGCAAAAGGACGAAGAAGAUUAUUACCAAACUCCCAGCGGUGUUUUAGCUAAGUGCACUACUGAAGUAUCAAGACCUGACCCUACAGCUGAGCCUGAUGUCCCUGUGCAAGAGAAGCCAGAGCAGAACAGCCCAGUAAAGGAGAACAUUUAUAUGUCAAUGAAAUCAAUUAAGCUGCUGGACGAGACAUGCCAGCUCACGUGCAGGCGUGAUGGGCUCCCAUCCCCUCCCAAAUGCCAGAGCAACAGUGCAUGUCCAAGAGACCUGGAAGCAGAAAAAGGCACAAAAUUCCCAGAAAGCAGCACCAGCCUGCAGCCAACCCUCCAGAGAAGGCAAAGCUCAUUACCCCUCUCAGUGGUUCACUUGUCCAUACUGCUCAGUCAAGUUACAGAUGAGAUGCAGCUGCAGAAAUUGGAUAUUUUCGUACCCCUGGCUGAUAUUAACAAUUACCUGAAACUUACUGAAGCAGCAGGACGAAUAUGUGUCUCACAGUGGGCUGGUCCUCUCAGGCUGGGGUGCUUGUUCAACCACGGAGACCACGUGGUGGCUGUGAAUGAUCUGCAGCCCCAGGGUGUGGAGGAGGCUUUCUUCUUCAUCAGCAGGUCCACCAGAAAGGAGGUGAAACUUACUGUAUGUAGGAUUCCACAUUCAGAUACCUUUCAUGCUAAAGGCUGCUCAUGUUCCUGAAAAAAAAAAAAAAAAAGACCUCAAUGAUUAACGCUGUUCAAAGGCCUGCUUGUGCUGAAUUCUGCAUAAAUACAGAGGGAACUUCCAGUUCUGGAACUACAGAGGCUGAAAAUGGAAGAAAACACAUUCCUUGGGAGCUCUGCUCCAAGGCUGCCAUGGGAGUCCUUUGCUCUGCUGCUUUGAGCACAGCAGAUCCAUUUCUGCCCAAGGAGCCCCUGAGGGGAUGGAUGGAUGGAUGGAUGGAUGGAUGGAUGGAUGGAUGGAUGGAUGGAUGGAUGGAUGGAUGGAUGGAUGGAUGGAUGGAUGGAUGGAUGGAUGGAUGGAUGGAUGGAUGGAUAUCACUGUCCAGGGCUUCUUCCAGCCCUGAAACUCUGUCAGUCUGCUAGGACAGUCCUCAUGGCCUGAACCCUAAAAUCACAGAUCACCUUCUUCAAGAGCCUCUACUGAGGAUGCCAUCCUCAGCCUUUCCUGGCCAAAGUUUGCCUCAGCUCUUCUGAACUUUGGAAGAGGAAAGUCCAAACUUUUCUGUCUUGUUCCAGGACUCAUCUCUCUGUAAAAUCAGGAAAUUAUUUGCUAAUAUUUAUCCUAGACAAUUUUUUUCAGAAAAUUAACUUGAUUUUUUCUUGCCCUAUUUUCAGUGGGCAUAGGGAAUAUUUGGAUUGCCACUGUCUGUACAGAAAUCUUCAUUAUGGAAGAUGUUGUUUCUACCUAUUCUCCCUUCUCUUUUUCUUAGACCAAACAUUCUGCAUUCUUCCAUCAUUUUUUCAAAUACUUCCUGAAAUUGGUAAUGCAAGACAAAUGCCUUUUGUUUCCAGUUAUGGAUGAACAGAGGAGGUGAGAAAUUGAAAUGCAAAGAAUUAAAUUCAAAUUGAAUUCAAAGAAUUCAAAUUCUUUUUGAAUUUCAUCAAAAAGAAACCCAAAGCCAUGAAACAAUUUCCUAGAACUUCAUGGAGAAACAUUUCUCCAAAGAGGUGAAUUAGUGAAGAUGGUGGUGGGAGAAGAGCCACCUGCAUGGAACCUGCUUGUUGAGCACUGAAUGCUGCACCUCUCAGCUAUGGAAGAAUGUUGAUUUUGGACAAAACCAGGAUUUGGUUAGAUAUAGCAUGCACAGAAUAAUUCCAGAAUAUUUUAGAGUACUGGGGGAUUAAUUCUGAACUUUAGUAAACAGUCAGCCCAUAAUGUGUUACUCCAUAAUUGAUCAUUAUGCCAGUUUGUACAGUGCUAAAUGCAGAUAAUUAAUGUCACAUAUUGGCUGAUUCAUAACACUUACAGAGGCACAAUAUGGAAAUGACAUUGGUACAGUAAAUUCGGGUAGGAUGUGUGAAGUUGUCUGCCUACAUAUGAUAAAUAAAUGUCCUAACACUUUACAACA